CUUUUUGGUAGAUAGGGGCAGUUGGUGUUUGCGAGUGGGAGAUGGAUCGUGAGCUCUCUUCUGAUUAGCGAAGCCGAAGAGCUCCUCAAAAUAAUCAGAACUAUUGAAAUAAUAGACGAGAACGGGUUGCUGAAACAAAAAGAAAACAUAACUUAGUCCAUCUUUCACAUCCACUCCACACACAAUAACACGGCAUUGAUGGUAAUGUAUGCAAGGAAACAACCGAGACUCAGCGAUGGGUGCAACGACCGAAGGGAUUCACAGCCCUACCAGACGCUCAAAUACUCGUCGAAGAGUCACCCCGGUGGUGAUCAUCGCCAUGACAAGAUGCGAGACACCGCAGAUGCCACUCCUCCAUGUAAAAUGUAUCGGCGAUCUGACAGUCCUGACAACAAACACAUCGAUAACACGGGACAUGGCAGGGCAAAGGCAGUCCACACGCACCGGGCCAGAGAGAGGGAUGGAGGGACGAGUUAUUCUCCACAGGAAAAUUCACACAACCACAGCACACAUCAUAGCAGCUCCAAUUCACAUUCGAACCCCAGCAAGACAUCAGACGCACCUUAUGAAGAUAAAGAUGACUGGUCAGAGCACAUCAGUUCCUCUGGGAAGAAGUACUACUACAACUGCAGAACAGAGGUGUCACAGUGGGAGAAACCCAAAGAGUGGCUAGAGAGAGAGCAGAGGCAGAAGGAGUCCUGCACUAAGUCGGCGCCAGUCAACAGUUUCCCCAAAGACAGGGACUACAGACGGGAGGCCAUGCAGCAGGCUACAGCAGUCACUGGCUUUACUUCUGCUAAGUCAGCCCAGGUGGAGAAGCAGCCUGCGUCGGUGUCUUCACAGUCGUCCUCCUCAGGCUCGGUCCUGAACCCCACGUCGGGUACCCCCUGUUCCUCCUCAGCCCCCACCACUGUGCCGGUAUCCCCGGUCCUGCAGUCCCACGCCCAUACCCCCCUGCUCCAGGACCCCUCCCUGCUCAGACAGCUCCUCCCAGCACUUCAGACCGCCUUGCAGCUCAAUAACGCCAGCGUCGACAUGGCCAAGAUCAACGAGGUCCUCAAAGCUGCUGUCACUCAAGCGUCGUUACAGUCGUUGCUUCAUAAGAUCCUCACGGCCGGCCCGUCGGCCUUCAACAUCACCACUCUUCUCUCCCAAGCAGCCCAGCUCUCCAACCAAGCCCAGCAGUCGAACCAGUCCCCCAUGUCCUUGACAUCAGACGCCUCCUCUCCCCGCUCCUACGUGUCUCCCAGGAUCAGCACGCCUCAGACCAACGCUGGUCACCACAAAGCCCUGCUCAGCACGCCGCCUGUCGCCUCACAAACCAAGGUGAACAACACGCCAGUUGUGAAGCAGCAGGGAUCAGCCCCCCAGCCCUCCCCACAGCAGCCCCUCCCCAGCGACAAACUGCACGGACACGACAUCGCCGCCUCCCCAAGGACCCUCCAGCGCCAAGGCAGUCAGAGGAGUCCCUCCCCAGGUCCCAACCACGCCCCCCCCAGUAGCAGCAGCAGUGCCCCCACCACACCCUCCAGCUCCUCCACCCGGCCAGCCUCCUGCUCCUUCACCCCAACCCUAGCGUCACACUUCAACGAGAAUCUCAUCAAGCAUGUCCAGGGCUGGCCAGCCGACCACGCAGAGAAACAGGCGUCCAGGCUACGUGAGGAGGCCCACACCAUGGGAAGCAUCAACAUGUCUGAAAAUUGCACCGAGCUCAAAAAUCUGAGAUCCUUAGUUCGAGUCAGUGAAAUUCAAGCGACAUUGCGCGAGCAGAGGAUAUUAUUUUUGAGACAACAAAUUAAAGAACUUGAAAAGUUGAAGAAUCAGAAUUCCUUCAUGGUCUGAGGACUUGACUUGAAGAGUGGAGAGGAAAGGGGGGAGAGACCCAUUGCACAUGGUUGGAAGAGAGCUCUUGGUUGGGAGAACCAUUGUGUUCUUGUUCUGUGCCCAGUCUUAAAACUUUUGAGCUGCAGUUGGAUUGGCUUUGGACCACUGGACUGGGCUCUGAGAGGGCUGGGUUAGGUGGAGAGAGUCUGAGUGGUUGAUGGUUGUUGUGGAGGAGAAGAGCGGAGAGAAGGGUUAGACAUGGCUUGCAUCCCAAAUGGCAUCCUUUUCAAUUUAUACUGCGCUACUUUUGAACGGGGCCAACAGGACGCAACCAUGGUUGGUUUUGUUUGCGCCCUGGAGAUGUAGAUUUCUUGUAGAUGUUAUCCAUGUUGUAAAUAUGUUUUGUAGAUGACUGAAGCCAUGGAAAGCCAUGUUUAUCAAAGCUUUUGACAUCCAAACUAGUCAACAUUAUGCCCGAGGAAUCAACAGCUUAAUAAGUUCAUAGCCGCCUUCAUGUUAAACGCAUCAGUCGGAUAUGUCCCAAAUGGCACCCUAUUCCUUAUAUAGUGCACACUAUUCCCUAUAUAUAGUACACUACUUUUGACCGGAACCCUAUGGGCCGUGGUCGAAAGUACACUAUAUAGGAAAUAGGGUGAUGUUUGCGAGCCAGGUACCCAUCUCCACCAUCCUCCUAAAAAGGUUAAUCAUGCCUGGUUGCAAUGGUUCAGAGAUCUGUUUGUUCACAGCUCACAGUAGCCAAACCAGUGCCUGAUGGUGUGAUGGGGAAAAAAAUAAUGAAAGAAAGGACAGCAAUGUUGUGCUUUUUUUUUACAUCAAGGAUAAUUCCCGAUGCUAGUCCCUCCGUAACCCUGCCCCUGGCCACACCCAUUACAUGCCGAAGCCCAACCCCCCUGGUCUAGCUCUUCUGAGGAGCCUCACAGCAGUUGUCUUUCUAAAACCCUCUUGUUGGUUUUUUCUUUCUCCAAAACUUUCCAGCUAAGUUAUUUUUGUAUUUUUUGGGGGGAGAACUGUACUUUUAUUAAAUGUGAGGUGGCACCAUCUCGGUUCAACUAAGAGUUCAUUCCUAUGUACAUUUGAUAAGGUAAUAAUGGAGUUUAAGAAGAGGUUAUUAAAAAAAACAAGUUUUAUUAAAAAGUUGCAGUGAUUAGUAUAUCAGAAUGUUAUAAAUUAUUGCUACACAUUUUCCUUUGCACACUGUUGUGAGUGAAUGAGUGCGAAUGAGAGCUAUUAAAGAAGUGGUUUGGGGGGCACUACCGAGGCAAGGUAUGGGGUGCGUCUGAAAUGGCACCAUAUUCCCUUUUUUCUGCACUACCUUUGACCAAGGCCCAUUAGCAAGACUGAAAUGGAGAAGACAGCAAUGUCAUCGUUUUCAAGAUUCUUCAGCAGGUGCACUGGGAGCCAAAUGGAGCGUCCGGUGAACUUUCCUGAAUGACGCAAUUGGAGCUCUUGGCAUCCAUUUGUCUUCUCUUUUAGUCUUCCUGCCCAUAGGGACUGGUCAAAAUGUAGUGUACUAUAUAGGGAAUAGGGUACCAUUAGGGACGUAGGCAUGGAGAUUAUGAUCGCUGCCCCACACACCAUGGUCAGAGGUCGAGCAGGGCAAUGACAGCCAGGUCACAAGGUCAAAUGUGAAAUGUACGUAUUGUAAUAAACAUGCUAAACUCAAGCGAGCACUGGUUAUUUUAUUAGAGUUUUCUGUUAGGUUUUACAUUGUAUUAUUACUAUUAUAACUCUAGUGCCUUGUUGAAAGUCUUAAGUCACACAGCCUCUGACAUGGAAAUAAAUGUACCAAGUUUGUUUUCGGGUUUGAUCAGUAACAAAGAUAUUCAAUAAGCAUGUCAUGCAUCAAUCUACAUAGGGUUGUUUUGGCACUCCAACCCAGAAUUGCAUCUUUGUAUAUGUUGUGUUUGUUCCCCUGUUCACUCUCAGAACGGGAACAGUGUUUCUAUCCCAAAUAGCACCCUAUUCCCUGUGUAAGUGCACUGCUUUUGACUGGGGCCCAUAUGACUCUUGUCAAAAGUAGUGCACUAUUUAGGGGAUAGGGUGCCAUUUGGGAACCAUACGUGUCCUCAGCUGUGACGUGUUUUUCUCCACUGUUCUAUUAUUCUAGUGAGUCUGUGAUUUGAGCUGCACCAACACAUUCAGUAAAUAUGACCACAUUGCUUUGUAUAUUGUUUUCCUCUGACUAUAUUGAAUAAAAUAAAUCAAAUAUGCCUCUACAGGA